UCUUGUGGUAAGUAGAUAAUAUAUAUAUUCUGCAUUUGUAAAUAGAAUUCCGUGGUAACAAGACGAGAAACUGAACCAUAAUAUAUUUACAGACAUUUCUCGGCUUUCGAAAUUCUUCGAGUCUAACUAUGGAAGAUAUAAGUCACUUGGAGUUCUGUAACAACACAGUCAUUUAUAACAAUGUAGAUUCAGUUCCACAGACAUACAGCCGAGAGAAAGUUCUACUUACUAAAACGUUUACGAACCGAAGUUCAGUGGAGGGAAAGAAUUCAGAAUAUAGCUGUGAGAUUUGUAAGAAAACAUUCUCUUCAGAAUAUGAACUCUUCACGCACCAAGAAAAAAUACACAAUAGAGAAAAACCUUACCACUGUGAAAUAUGUGAUAAAUCUUUUGUCUCUCGCAGAAAUUUAACAAGGCACAAAAAAGUACACAACGCCGAGAAACCCUAUCAUUGUGAAAUAUGCGGGAAGUUUUUUGUUUCUAACAGUAAUUUAAGAAGACACACCGGAAUACACACCGGAGAAAAACUUUUCCACUGUGAAAUAUGCGGGAAAUCUUUCGUAGAACGGUCUAAGCUUACACUGCAUAUACGUAGUCACACGGGAGAGAAACCCUUUCACUGUGAAGUGUGUGGAAAAAAUUUUGUCUCUAACGAUCAUUUGAAAACACACAAAAGAAGUCACACUGGAGAGAAACCCUAUCACUGUGAAGUAUGUGGAAAAUCUUUUGUGUCAAACGAUUAUUUAAAAUCACACAAAAGGAGACACAGUGGAGAGAAACCCUACCAUUGCGAAAUAUGUGGAAAAUCGUUUGUUGAUAGUAGUAAUUUAGCAACACACAAAAAAAUACACACUGGAGAAAACCCUUUUCAUUGUGAGAUAUGUGGGAAGUCGUUUAUUCAGAAUUCUCAUCUUACCAACCAUAGACGUAACCACACAGGCGAGAAACCCUAUUGCUGUGAUGUGUGUGGAAAAUCUUUUGUCUCUAAUGGACACCUAAAAGUACACAGCAGAAUUCACACUGGAGAAAAACCGUUUCACUGUGGAAUCUGCGGUAAAUCUUUCAGGGAGAAUUCUAACCUUACAAUCCACAAACGAUCACACACUGGAGAGAAACCUUAUUACUGUGAAACAUGUGGAAAAACAUUUGUGGUUAACAGUAAUUUAUUGAGGCACAAAAGAACGCAUACUGGAGAAAAAUUGUUUCACUGUGAAAUUUGUGGAAAAUCUUUCACCCUUAAUUCGAAUCUUAUUAUCCACAAACGUGGACAUACGGGGGAAAGACCCUAUCACUGUGAGAUAUGUGGAAAAUUCUUCAUUCGAAAUUUUAAUCUGCUACUCCACAAACGAAUACAUACUGGAGAGAAACCUUAUCACUGUGGAAUUUGUGGAAAAUCAUUUUCUGUUAAUUCUCGUCUUGUAGAUCACACACGUAGACACACGGGGGAAAGACCAUAUCGAUGUGACAUAUGUGGCAAGUCUUUUAUCAAUAAUUGUGAUUUGAAAAAACACGAGCGAACACACACUGGGGGGAAAUCUUUUGAAGGUGAAACAUGAAAAAUCCUUCUUUUGUUGCAAGUUAACUCUUUGGCAUUCGAAUCGGCCAUAUCCAGCCUAAAUAUUCAACCAGUUUUAUGUUAAAACUGGCCAGAUUUGGCCUCUCACUUAUCUUACAAUGUCUUUUUAAAACUAAGCAAUCACAAUGACAAUGUCUCUUAGCUACAUGGUUAAUUCAAAACAAUGUGAAUAAAUAAGUGUUAUGCUUGACAGUAAUCUGAAUGCUAAAUGGUUCAAAUUUGUUAACUAAGAAAUCCAAAGUGGAGAAUAUAUAUGAAAUUAUUCUUAGAAAAGUGGUUCCCAACUAGGGUCCUUAUAAGAGUUUGUCGUUAAACUUUAUCUGCAAUAAAUUGGUUAUACUUCAAUACACAAAA